UGAGCCGAUUAUAGUUUUUGUCGCACUGUAGCGAUUAAAUAACAUUUCCCAGAAUGCAUCUUUAGGAGGAUUCUGGGAGGAGUGGCAAAAGUAUCAAUUCCACUGGGAAGGGAAAAGAGAAACCAUUUGAACUUAAACAUUUGGAGUUUCCAGGGGUUUGCCGACCAUUGGGGCAUAGAAGGCACCUCGAAAAGAACUCAGAGUGAGUACAGGAAACGAAACCUGUUCUAAGUGCAACCACGAUGUAGUAAGGAGCCAUAGUCAAAACUCGGCAGACGCUCUCGGUUUACAGAGUUUGACAUUUUUAACUUAAAUCUUUCUAACCUCGAGAAACCGGACCAUUUUGUACUCAACGUUGAGUACCUCUUAAUAUUUUCUGAAAUGUUUUUGAAGAGGGCACGGAGACCGUGAAGUCUGCAAUCAGAGCGGCUCAUCAGCUUCCAGCGUUCCCAGCCCAUCGAAGGCCACGGUGGACUGGAUGCUCCCUGGGCACCAGUGAAGAUUCAGGAUGAAUACACGGAACCCAACAAUGUCUCUGUAUUGCGGAACAUUCUUCAGGAGGAAAUCGUUUGAGUGCUACAGGCUGCUGUCAACCUAUGUCACUAAGGCGCGAUACUUAUUUGAACUGAAGGAAGAUGAUGAGGCCUGCAGAAAGGCUCAGCAGACGGGAGUGUUUUACCUUUUUCAUGACCUGGAUCCUUUGCUCCAGGCAUCAGGACAUCGAUACCUGGUGCCCCGGCUUAGCCGAGCAGAGUUGGAAGGGCUGCUGGGUAAGUUCGGACAGGAUUCACAAAGAAUAGAAGACUCGGUGCUGCUUGGAUGCUCCAACCAGCAGGAAGCAUGGUUUGCUUUGGAUCUAGGUCUGAAGAGUGCCUCCUCUCCCCGUGUCUCCUUGCCGAAAUCUGAAAUGGAGGCAGAGCUCGGGGGCUCUUUCAUCAAGCUGAGGCAGGCUGUUUUCCAGCUGAGCUCGGCGGACUCCUCCUUGCUGUUCACGGCUCAGGCUCUUCUCCGCUGGCAUGACAACCAUCAGUUCUGCAGCAAAAGUGGGCAGCCCACCCAGAAGAACAUGGCGGGCAGCAAGCGAGUGUGUCCCUCCAAUAAAAUCAUCUAUUAUCCACAGAUGGCGCCCGUAGUGAUCACCCUGGUGUCAGAUGGGGCCCGCUGCCUACUUGCCCGCCAGAGCUCCUUUCCCAAGGGCUUAUAUUCUGCCCUGGCAGGCUUCUGUGACAUAGGUGAGAGCGUGGAAGAGGCUGUCCAGCGAGAAGUUGCGGAAGAGGUGGGCCUGGAAGUGGAAAACAUCCAGUACUCUGCGUCCCAGCACUGGCCCUUUCCCAAUAGCUCACUCAUGAUCGCUUGUCAUGCAACCGUAAAACCAGGGCACACAGAGAUCCAGGUGAACUUGAAGGAACUAGAGGCAGCCGCCUGGUUCAGUCUUGAUGAGGUGGCCACAGCCCUGAGGAGAAAGGGCUCCUUUGCUCAGCAACAGAGUGAAGCUUCCCCACUGUUGCUGCCGCCCAAGUUAGCUAUUGCCCACCACAUGAUUAAGAAGUGGGUGGAGAAGCAGAGCUGUUCUUCCCUGGCUGCUUAGCUCAAAGGGAGCCCUCUGGAUCCCUCCUGGGCAUUGCUGCAGGGUGCAAUGGAGAUGGACUGCCAAGGGAAGUGACAAAGCUCCCAGGGCAGAGGCUCUCUGAGAAGUUCUACUGCCAAAAGAGAUGCCUUCUAACACUCCACCAAAAAUGUUGGUGUAAGCUGGAUAGAGCAGCUUGUACCUGUACUUGUCCCAGCUACUCUGGUAGCAGAGGCUAAAGCAUUGCUUUUGCCCAGGACAACCGGGGCAACACAUUAGACACUGUGGCUUAAAAACAAAACAAAAACUGUAAGAAGAGUUGAUGGAUGAGAUGCUAACUGUGAAAAGCUAAGGGAAGGGUGCUGAUUCGUUUGGGUGUAGCCCGUUUUCUCCAAGGCUAUAGGAACAAACAUCCUCUGGCCUGGGCUGGUUGAUGUUGCACUUAGAGGAACUGCCAAAUGUGCCCAGGGUGAUUUAUCUUACUGCCAAAAUAUUAACAAUUCUCAACUCAAUUUGAGUUGCUUCUGUCCUCAUAGAAAAAUAACAUUUUAUAUGCUUUUGAA